CCCGGGCACGGGGGUGGAGGCGCGGACGCCAGACGAACUGCCCGGCAAAGGAGGAGCCCGGGACCAAAGGCAGCCUUGAACCAGAGCCGGGCAGCGGCCCUGGCUUUGGCUCUUCCCUGCCUGGGCGGUGAGCCACCGCUAGUACUCCCACGCAGCAUCUUUCCGCCACGUUCCCAGUGAGGACGCUGGUGCAGGGUCCGUACCGCCCCGGCGGGGCUCCGAUGGGGGCUUUUACUACCGGAAGCACCUUGUACACACACGCACACACACACUCCUCCGACCCUGGUUUUCCCUCUGUGACCGCUCGGGGUCCGGGCAGCUCCGCCCCCGGGGAAGCCGCACCCUCAGCGGCAGGAAAUAAAUCUCCGCCCCUGGCACUGUGCUGCGCAAUUCCAGCCGCUUUCUCUAGCUGGUGGGUUCCACGAACUCUUAAGCUUCAGGAUGGUUCAUGCUAAGACCUGGAUCCUGAAGAAGCACUUUGAAGGCAGCCCUACUAAUAGUAACUUUGAGUUGAAGACAGUUGAACUCCCACCCUUAAAAAAUGGAGAGGUCUUGCUGGAAGCUUUGUUCCUCACCGUGGAUCCUUACAUGAGAAUAGCGGCAACAAAAUUGAAGGAGGGUGAUGUGAUGAUGGGGCAACAAGUGGCCAGAGUUGUGGAAAGUCAAAACUCAGCCUUUCCAACAGGAACUAUUGUACUGGCCCAUUCAGGCUGGACAAUGCAUUCCAUUUCUGAUGGAAAAGCACUGGAAAAGCUGCCUACAGGUUGGCCAGACACGUUACCACUGUCUUUGGCUCUGGGAACAGUUGGCAUGCCAGGCCUAACAGCCUACUUUGGCCUACUUGAAAUCUGUGGUGUGAAGGGUGGAGAAACAGUGAUGGUUAAUGCAGCAGCGGGAGCAGUGGGCUCUGUUGUGGGACAGAUAGCUAAGCUGAAGGGCUGCAAAGUUGUUGGAGCAGCAGGGUCUGACGAAAAGGUUGCCUACCUUAAAAAGAUUGGAUUUGAUGUUGCCUUUAACUACAAGAAAGUCGAGUCUUUGGAAGAAACUUUGAAAAAAGCCUCUCCUGAUGGAUAUGAUUGUUAUUUUGAUAACGUAGGUGGAGUGUUUUCAAACACUGUUAUCCGCCAGAUGAAGAAAUUCGGAAGAAUUGCCAUAUGUGGGGCCAUCUCUACAUAUAACCGUACUGGCGAACUUCCCCCAGGCCCACCCCCAGAGAAUAUGAUCUAUCAGCAACUCCGCAUGGAAGGGUUCAUCGUCACCACCUGGCAAGGAGAAGUCCGUGAGAAGGCUCUGAAAGACUUGCUGAAAUGGGUCUUGGAGGGUAAAAUCCAGUACCAUGAACACAUCACUGAAGGAUUUGAAAACAUGCCAGCUGCAUUUAUGGGAAUGCUGAAAGGAGAAAAUUUGGGGAAAGCAAUAGUGAAGGCAUAAAAAAGUGGCAUAUCAGGGGCCAGCCCUGUGGCUGAGUGGUUAAGUUCGGGUGCUCUGCUUUGGCGGCCCAGGGUUUCGCUGGUUCGGAUCCUGGGCGUGGAACUAGGACCACUCAUCAAGCCAUGCUGAGGCGGCAC